AUGGAUGACAUGCCCGGUGUGUCGUGUCUCUGUCCCGUCGUCACCACUCAACAGACGUCGCGUGAGGCAAGAACGAACCUCGACCUAAUUCGAAACCUGGACCGCAGUAAACCAACGCUCGCUACGCCGUUCAAUCCCUCCUCUGUCCAAGGAAUAUCAGGAACAACAACAACGACAACGACAACC